CUCUGUUGCAUUUUUCUUUCAAUUUUAUUGUCUCCCUCGUCUCUCUUUCUCUCUGAGACUGAGAGACUAUGAGAUUUGUUUGUUUGUUUGUUUCCUUCGUUCUACCUAAAUAAAUACACUCUUAAUCCCAUUUAAUUUACGCUGCUGGCCUUCUCCUCCUCAAUCGAACCCCCUCCCCUUUUUCUCCUUUUGCAGCUGCUUCUGUAUCGAGGGUUUGCAUUUCCGGUUGGUUUCGUAAACAUGGAAAGAUCUAGCGGCAAAAUUCCCAGCAACUUCUCUCAAAUUUCCUCAGAUAAUGCGUUUUUUGAUGCUUCCCAGUAUGAAUUUUUUGGUCAAAAUUCUAUGGAAGAAGCGGUUUUGGGAGUUCUGGAAGAUGGUGAAGAGGAAGCUCCUAUGUUUGCAUCCAUUGAAGAUGAUGAGUACCAUUUGUUUGACAGAGGGGAGGUUGGAGGUUUAGGGUCAUUAUCUGAUAUGGAUGAUCUGGCAAGUACUUUUGCAAAGUUGAAUAGGGUUGUCACAGGACCAAGAAAUCCAGGAGUUAUUGGUGAUAGAUCUGGUUCUUUUUCAAGGGAAAGUUCAUCUGCUAAUGACUGGGCUCAAGAUGGAGAGUUUUUAAACUGGAUGGAUCAGCAUAUGUUUGAUACAGAAGAUGCUGAAGAAGGCAAGAGAUGGUCCUCACAACCACAAUCAUCAUCUGCUCAUUUUUCAGAAUCAAAGCCUCUGUAUAGAACUUCGUCAUAUCCCCAGCAGCAACCAGAGCCUCUCUUCAUGUUUGAUACAGAUGACGGUCAAGAAGGCAAGAGAUGGUCUUCUCAGCCACAACCAUCUCCUGCUCGUUUUUCAGAAUCAAAGCUUUUGUAUAGAACUUUGUCAUAUCCCAAGCAGCAACCGGAGCUUCACUUCUCAAGCGAACCAAUCGUUGGACCCAAAUCAUCAACCUUCACAUCUUUCCCUCCUCCUGGUAGCAGAGGCCAGCAGAAUUUGCCUGGCAACCUAAAAGUUCCUGUUCUUACUAGUGGAUCUCAGUCACCAUUCUCUGCAGCAAGCCUGUCUCCGAUGUCUACCACCAGUCUUCAUCUGCCCGGUCUAUCUCAGGGAUUACAUUUUGGCGGUAAUUUGCCCCAGUUAACAUCUCCUGGCCUAUCUUUUAGUAGCAGGUCUCAAAAUAAUUGGGUUAACCAAUCUGGUCUAUUGCAUGGAGAACGUGCUGGUCUUUUGCAUCAUAUGUUGCAACAGCAAAUACCUCAUUUAAAUAGCCUAAUGUCCCCUCAACGGCAGUUUCAAGAGCAGAGACUACACCAUGCUGUGCAACCAUCUUUUGCACAUUUUACUGCAUUGCAAUCUCAACUGCAUAAUUCCCAUCCUUCAUCACACAAAAUGAUGUUUGGACUGGCUGAUCUUAGGGAACAUCGAACUAAAUCAUCACAAAGAAACAGGCAGAACAUGCAUUUUUCUCAGCAAAGUUCAGAUACUGGUAGCCAGAAAAGUGGGAGAGGAGUGGUGCAAUUCAGAUCCAAGUAUAUGACUGGUGAAGAGAUAGAGAGCAUUCUCAAGAUACAGCAUGCCGCGACGCAUAGUAAUGACCCUUAUGUAGAUGAUUAUUACCACCAAGCUUGUCUUGCUAAACGAUCUUCUGCAUCCAGGGCUAAACAUCAAUUUUUCCCAUCUCGCAAGAAAGAAUCACAUUCUCGAUCCCGUAACAGCGGGGAUCAGCAUUUGCAUCUCCAUAUGGAUGGACAUGGGAAAGUAUCCCUCUCUUCCAUUCGUAGACCCCUUACUCUGCUUGAAGUUGAUCCUCCCUUAGGUUCAGGUGUUGGUUCUGAUCAGAAAACUGAGAGGGCUCUAGAGCAGGAACCUAUGCUUGCAGCUAGAAUCACCAUUGAAGAUGGUUUCAGUCUUCUUCUUGAAAUAGAUGAUAUUGACCGGCUCAUACAAUUUAGUCAACCCCAUGAUGGUGGGGCUCAGCUCAGAUGGAGGCGGCAGAUCCUGCUUGAAGGCAUGGCGACAUUACUUCAGCUUGUUGAUCCACUUGGAAAAGGUGCACAUGCAGUUAGCUGCGCUCCUGAAGAUGACAUUGUUUUCUUAAGAUUAGUCUCUCUUGCAAAAGGCCGGAAGCUUAUCACUAGGUUCCUUCAGCUUCUCAUCCCUGGGAGUGAGCUUAUACGGAUAGCAUGCAUGACCAUUUUCCGUCACUUGAGGUUCUUGUUUGGUGGUCUUUCUUCGGAUCUGGAUGCAAUAGGGACAACAAAUGGCCUUGCAAAGAUUGUUUCCAUGUGUGUUAAUGGAAUGGAUCUUCGUGCACUUAGUGCAUGCCUUGUUGCAGUUGUUUGUUCUAAAGAGCAGCCUCCACUUAGGCCCCUUGGAAGCUCUGCUGGGGAUGGUGCGUCUGUUAUUUUAAAAUCAGUUCUUGAAAGGGCCACUAAACUUCUAAGCCAUCCUUCUGGAAGUUGCAGCAUGCCUAAUUAUGCUUUCUGGAGAGCUUCGUUUAAUGAAUUUUUCACCCUUCUUACCAAGUCUUGUGUGAGUAAAUACGAGAUAAUCAUCCGAUCGAUACGAAACCAAACUCAGCCAUCCACAGAAGUAAUCAGUUCAGAGGCUAUAAGGCGUGAAAUGCCUUGCGAGCUUCUACAAGCCAGUCUUCCUCACACAAAUGAGUCCCAAAGGAAGUUUUUGAUGGACUUUUCUCAGUAUUCUGUGCCUGUGAAUGAAUCCAAUUUGCCUGCCGGGAGUACUAGCCAAAUCAACUCCGAAUCGGUAAGGGGAUAAUGAGGAAAAAGGGAAGGGUCCUGUGUGAAGAUCGUGAACAAUGCACUCAAUAGGAUGUGAGAUGGGAUAAUAGAGGCAAAGGGUAAGUAUUUUUACAGUUUGAGUCUUGGUUUAGAGGGGAGACAGGCCAACAUUAUUUGCCUAACUGUUCUCCUUCCACUCUUCACCCCCUUUCCCUUUUCUCUUUUCCUUAAAAACCGGGGAAGUUGACGGAGCUUAUCAUAGUAACACAUGAAUGUCUUAAGAUGGGGGAGAAUUGACGACUAGAAGUUGUUAGUUCAGCUUCUGGGGAGCUAUAUUUUGGUGCUCUGUUUUUUGACACUCCAAUACCAAGUGGAGGCGUUGUAGCAGCAGCAGCAGCAGUAGUAUUAGUGGGUUAGAAUGAAAAUGAAUGUACAGUUGAUCUGUUACAGAACCUUCAGAAACACUCCUUUUCGAUACGGAUUCCAAUGAUGUCCAAAUUGGCCUUUUUGUGUGGCUGGAAAUUGAGUAUUGAAGGGGUGGCUUCUCUGAGAGAUCAGAAUCAACCUGUAAUAAUGUAAAAAGUCUUCAAACAUGUUUUAUUUGAUGAAACUUUGCUUUUAAUCUUAAAUGCCAAGCAAUAUUUGUUAUAUUCUU